UAAAGAGGGAGGUGUGAAGAUUCAGCAGAUCACUAGGGGUUUGUGCGACUUUAGCCAGUCUGUUGUUUCGCAGAAGCAUUUCUUUCUUGUUGUCGAAUAAUACUGUUUAGGAGAGCGCAAUGUACAAUCCAUACGGCGCACCUCCGGCUUAUGGUCGUCCUCCGGGAUUCCCAGGCUUUCCUGGACAGCCUGGGACCCCGCCCGUCAUGGGCGGUCCUCCAGGCAUGGCUCCGCCACCAGGAAUGGCCGCGGCUCCAGGAACUGCACCAGUGCCAGGCAUGGCGCCGGCAGCUGCUCCUCAGGCUGCUGGAGGCCGUGGCAUCCCUCCGAAUUUCCAACCGCCUCCCAACAUGCCAAACAUUAAUUUCUCUGCGCCAGUCAUUCGACUGGGUACGACCGGACCAUCAAAGCCGGCGACUCCUUUGGCUGGCGGUCCAGGGAGAAAAGAGAGUGCGGCCGACGUCGCAGGUAUGUCUGGACGGCCUGGUUUGGGCGCAGGAGGAAUGGAACAACAGAGGCAGGCGGUUCGGGAGAGUAUGAUGGCUCUCGUGCCCCCGACGAAGGAAGAGCUCGUCCGGACAGUCUUUGUUGGUGGUAUCACUGAAGGAGUCGACGGCGAUGAGGGCAUUGAGAGAAUACUACGAUCUGCGGGUCCUCUCCGGAAGUGGACCAGGGCAACUGAUGCUGACAGCAAGCCGUGCCGUUUCGGAUUCGCCGAAUAUGACGACAUUGAAAGCUUGGGGGUAGCUGUGGAGAUCUUAAAGGACAUUAUUGUCCCUGUCAACCGGCAGUCUCCUCGUACUGCUGAUCAGGAGCAGACGCCGAAGGAAGAGAUUGAACAGAGCAAGUUGCUGAUUAUCAUCGACGAAGAAUCAUUGAACUUUUUGGAAGAGCACCUGGCGACAAAUGGUCAACAAGAUCCGAGCGCCUUGCAAGCACGAUUUGAUAAUGCACGGGAGACUCUAUCGAAUGUUCUCAACGAGUUCUUCUAUCCUACUGCACCGGCUCAAACGAAUGAAAAUGCCGCGGUCGACGGCAAUGGAGACAGUGUUAUGCAAAACGGGGAGACCAAGCCCGAUGGGACACAAGGGGAAGUGGUGACGAUCCCGCUCACGAUGGAUGACGAGUUGGCGGAUAUCCCGCCGGAAUUGAGAGAGACGGUAGCAGCAGAAAUCGCAGCCUUCCGCGACCGCAGCAAUCGCCGCGAUAUGGAACGCUUGAAGCGGGAGGAGGAAAUGGAAGCCAUGGAGCGGGCACGUGGAUCCAGAGUAAAUCGCCUCGCAUCCCCUCCGCCGGGCGCCCCUAGUGGGCCAGCCGGCGGUGCAAACGGCAUUCCAGUCGGUCCCAGAGACCGAGGCGUACACGGCGCACCGCUCGGGCCCAAGGGAUUGCAAGGUGGUCAACAGCUUGGACGUGAUUAUCAAAAGAACGUCUCGUUCGUUAACGGUGCCGGCGUCAACGGCGCUGCAGAUGCAGGCUGGAUAAACCGGGAAGAUGAGGACUCCGACGCCAGCGACGAAGAACUCGAGCGGAGACGGGAAGAGAAACGCCAAGCGGAACUCGAGAAACAAUACCUCGACCAGGAACGCCGCUGGCUCAACCGCGAACGAAGUCGUACAGCAGCCGUCGAGCGUGAAAAGGCUCGCGACAAGGACGAAGCCGCCCAGCAGCAGGUCGAAAAGGACGCCAUUGCCAAACGCCUCCGGGAAUGGAACGACGACGAGGAGGCCUCUCGCAAGGCGGAAGCAUAUUACGCCGAUCGCGGCACCUGGAUCCGCAACCGCGCCGCCUUCCGCACACGCGAAGCCGAACUCGAUGACCGCGACCGCGCUGCAGAAGAGCGCGAACGAAUCCGCGACUCGGAGAAGAGAGAGCAUGCCCGCGGCAUGGCCGAUCAGUUCCUGGCCCGCCAGGCAGAAGAGCUGGAAGAGCGCAAUAACAACAAUAACAACAACACCAACAUCCAACAAACCCGCCCCCGCGAGCCCCAGCGCUUCAAGCUCUCCCUUGGCGCCGCUGCCCAGCGCGCCCAACAGGCUGCGCACCCCCGCCGAACCGUCGCAGAGGUCGAAGGCCUGCUCGAGGACGAAGAAGAAGCCGGCGCCACCACCAAGCGCACGCUUAUUCCUAUUACGUUCGAUUCCGCCGCCGAGGCCGCCGGGCUCACAGAGGAAGAGCGCACCCAGGCUGUUCGCCAAUUGGCUGCAGACAUCCCGACCACAAAGGACGGGCUCUGGAGCUGGCCUGUCAAGUGGGAGUUUGUGGAUGAAUCUGUCCUCACUGAACAGCUUAGGCCAUUUGUCGAGAAGAAGAUUGUCGAGUACCUCGGCGUGCAGGAACAGAUGCUGGUCGAGGUCGUCGAGGAACAUAUUCGCAAACGCGGCGGUCCUCAGGAGCUCGUUGAACAGUUGGAAGGCCCACUCGACGAGGAAGCAGAGGCUCUGGUGAAGAAACUCUGGCGUAUGAUCAUCUUCUUUUCGGAAAGCGAGAAGAGAGGCCUGUCGACAUAAACCCUCUUUGUCCGAUUCUAUCGAUUAUCAUAAUUUGCACCUUUCUCGUGUGACGGGUAUCGCCUUUGUUAUUACAGAAGCGCUUUGAUCGCUCACGGCGCGUUUAGUUCAAUGUCGACUACGGAGAUACAGCUUAUUCUCUUUUUUUUUUCUUUCGGAUCAGGGAGAUUUAAACACUUGCUUUUAUUUUCCAUAAAAAGAUUUUGUACGACUAGUUAGGACUAUAUCAAUCAAAAAUGUGCGG